UAAUUUUAGGUUUUGUAAUUUGCCAUAAUUCAUUCACAUUUUCAACCAUUCCCUGAAGAGCACAUGGGAAUCCCAUUGUCACUCAGACUACCUCCCAACGUCAAUUAAUUGGAUUAAGAAUCAAACCGCAUUCCGCGUAAUCUCAGUCUCCAAACUCUUCUGUCUCUCUGAUCGCUCCAUUCCUUGCGAGUUUCUCUGUGUUUGAUGUUGGUUCAAUUUUAUGAUCUCUUUCCCUCAUUCGGCCUUUUCCAUACAACUGACUAGAAAUUAGGGUUUAAGGUUUCCAAUGGGAAUUUCGAGUUUGUUUGGAUUGAUAUUUGUUUUUUCUUUGUUCUUUCUUUUUUUUUUCCCCUUCAAACGAGGGUUUGAUUUCGAUUUGAGUUGUUUCUUAGGGCUUUAUGGACCAGUGAUUUCAGGUUUCAGAAUGAGGAUUUUGAAUGUUAUUAGGGUUUCUGUUCUCUUUAUUGUUAAUUGCAACUUUGAAUGUAAUUGGGAAUCAGGUUGUCUUGGUUUGUAAUUGUAGAUUUCGAAUAUAAUUGGGGUUUAGGUUCUUUAAUCUACACUUUGGUGAUUAUGAAUAGGAUAAGGAUUUGGGUUCGGGUUCUAUCUAUUUAAAGUUUGAAGGGUCUCGUAGUGCAGAAUGGGGCUGAUUGAUGCAGUUGUUUUGUAAUUUUCCAAUAAAUUUUUGUUGGGUGUUUCAGAAUAAAAUAGUUCUGUGAGAGUAGUUUAUGUCAUUUUUUUUUUGGAAUUGAAAAUUACAUGAUCAUUGAAUUUUUUGUUCCAAAAUGAUUGUGUAAUUUAAAUAGCUUUGUUGAUUUGCUUUCUAUACGGAUUCACUGCAUGAGUGAUCCUAAGUUUGUGGGAGAUAUUUCUCUUUUUAUCACUCUUGUUUGAUUUGUGAGCUUGUUAUUGACUCAUUCUUAUCACUUUGAUUUUAAGGAGUAAAUGUAACUUUGCUUAUUGUGCUUCUACAUGUUUCUUGACAAAUGCUAAAUUGUCCACACACCUGUUCUGAAUCGCUUUUUCCAAUUGAUGAUUGACAUGGAUGUGAUUUAUUGAAAAAUUGGGAUGACUAUGGAGAAGUAGUCUGGGGAUUGUUUCAUGUGAUUUUGUGUUCCUCAUUCCUUGUAUUGAUAGCUCAGCUAUGUUGGUGGAUUAUAUGGCUGAACUUUUUGGAUAUAAAUUAUAGACUAACUGAAUGCUUAUGAUUCAUGGAUGAAAUGGAAGGAAUGGAUUUUUUUCCCCUUUGUAAACAGUAAAUGUGAAACCUCCUGAAGAAUAAAGUUGCAUGAAAAAGAAAAGAAAGAAAGAAAUACCAAGGAAAAAUGGAUAUUGUAUGUUAAUAUUUGUUUUGGCUUGGUAUCUUUUCAUGUAUUGACUGGUUGAAAGUAAUAUGUCUCUCUGUUUUGCACCAAGAUUGGAGUUGUAAUGAUGUGGUGUUACACUUGUGCAUGAUCAAUUAGAAUGGAGUCGACUUCAAGCGGUCCAAUUAGGGGACGGGGUAAAAACAAGCGAGUGUGGACACCGAAGGAGGAUGCAAAAUUGAUUGAAUCCUUGGUUGAGUUAUGUGUUUCUGGGAAGAUGAAAUGUGAUAAUGGUUUUAGACCAGGCACGUUUGCACAAGUAGAAAGGUUAUUGGAGGACAAGCUGCCAGGUUGUGGAUUGAAAGCAAGUCCACAUAUUGAGUCUCGAGUGAAGACUUUAAAAAGGCAAUAUAAUGCUAUAACUGACAUGCUUUCACAUGGCAGCGGGUUCUCAUGGGAUGAAAAGAACAAGAUGAUCCAUUGUCAUAUAGAUGUAUAUGAACGAUGGGUGAAGGACCAUAGGGAUGCACAUGGAUUGAGACUUAAACCUUUCCCCCACUAUGAGGACUUGAAACAGAUCCUUGGGAAAGACCGUGUGUGUAAGAAAGAAGUUGUCUCACCGGCCGGUGUUAUGAAGGAGCUACACCAAGAGGAGGUCGCAAAUAAUGAUGUGGGUUUGGACAUUGUAGAGGCCGAUGUCUCAGUGGCUCAACCAUCCACAUCAGCAUCAUCUUCUAAAGAAGGGUCAGCGCAGUCUUGUAGGAAAAGGUCAAGGGAAUAUGCAGAUUUAGCUGAAGUAAUGGUGAGGACCUGUAAUGCAUUAGAAAGGCUCAUAUCUUGUAUUGCCCGUCAAGAAGAAAAGGAACAAAGAGGGGAUAAAGUGGUGGCUGAGUUGGUGAAGCUUCCGGGUCUUAGUAAGUUGGACAUAUUGAAAUUAAGUGAAGUGAUCAUCAGUGACCCAGUGAAAGUCACACUUUUUUUCAGCCUUGACGAGGAUCUCAAAAAGGAAUGGAUGAGGCAGCUUCUUCGCACAACAUAGCAUAACAUUUUUGAAAGGCUCAAACGGUGCAUUCUUGGUGGGAAUGAAGAUAUGGUAAAAUGGAGUCAAUGUUCAUUGUUUAUUCAUGGUGGAGGAGCAUUUAUUCUCGAACUCAGUGAUGAAGAAGGCGGCUAUACACAUUGGGCUAUGGACACAGGUGACCUUUGAUGAGACCCAACAUAAAAUAGAGUAAAAUAUUACUAGUAGAUGGCAUAUAUAUGCGCCUCAGAUCUAGGAACCUACCAAAGGGAAAGAACAUUUGGUCUUCCAAUUUCUUCUUUCUCUUGUGUGCUUUGGUUUGUUAGGUGGGAAGGCUGGAACAACAAUGCUGCAGGUGGAUAAGAAACCACACCAAAUGCUUCAUCUCCCAAGUGAUGUCCUUCCACAUGAUAUAUCAAAAUGCUUGGACGACGAUGGCCGCCCAAAAAGAACAGGAACUGUUUGGACUGCAAGUGCCCACAUAAUCACAUCUAUUAUCGGAUCCGGGGUGCUUUCAUUAGCAUGGGCUGUAGCUCAGCUAGGAUGGAUUGGUGGACCAACUGUAAUUCUCAUGUUCGCAGUUGUAAUGUGUUAUACUUCAUCUCUACUAGCAGACUGUUACAGGUCAGGUGAUCCCAUAUCUGGAAAGAGAAACUAUACUUACAUGGAGGUCGUUCAAUCCAAUCUUGGUGGAGCAAAGGUCAAGAUAUGUGGCAUAAUCCAGUACUGCAAUCUUUUCGGAAUCACGGUUGGAUACACUAUUGCAACAUCUGUAAGCAUGAUGGCAGUUAUGCGGUCUAAUUGUUUCCACAGGAGUGGCAAUAAGAACCCAUGCCAUGAGUCGAGCAACCCUUACAUGAUCAUGUUUGGCAUUAUUGAAAUCGUGUUGUCUCAGAUUCCAGACUUCGAUCAAAUAUGGUGGCUCUCUAUUCUUGCCUCCAUCAUGUCCUUUACUUACUCUUCAAUAGGUCUAGGCCUCGGGGUUUCUACUGUUGCAGCAAAUGGAACUUUCAAGGGUACUCUCACCGGAAUAAGCAUCGGAACCAUCACAAGAACACAAAAGCUAUGGAAGUGUUUCCAGGCUUUGGCUAACAUAGCAUUUUCAUACUGCUAUUCAUUUGUCCUCGUUGAAAUUCAGGACACAAUCAAGUCCCCUCCGUCAGAAGCAACAACAAUGAAAAAGGCCAACCUGAUAAGUGUAGCGAUAACAACAUCUUUCUAUAUGCUUUGUGGCUGCAUGGGCUAUGCAGCUUUAGGGGAUCAAGCUCCUGGAAACCUCCUCACUGAGUUUGGCUUCCGUGAUCCAUUUUGGCUCAUUGAUAUUGCCAACAUCGCCAUAGUAAUCCACCUUGUUGGAGCUUACCAAGUCUUUUCUCAACCAAUUUUUGCCUUCAUUGAAAAAUGGUUGUCCAAGAAAUGUCCAAGUAGCACAUUUAUCACCAAGGAAAUCAAGGUUCCAAUACCAUGCUGGGGAGUCUAUAAUCUAAACCUCUUUAGAUUAGUAUGGAGAUCGGCUUUUGUUAUGGUAACCACCCUUGUAUCAAUGUUGCUCCCAUUCUUCAAUGACGUCUUGGGAAUAAUAGGGGCAUUCGCGUUCUGGCCUCUUGCUGUUUACUUCCCCGUCGAGAUGUAUAUCGCUCAGAGAAGGAUACCAAAAUGGGGUGUCAAAUGGACUUGCUUUCAAAUGCUGAGUCUGGCGUGUCUUAUGAUCUCUAUUGUAGCUGGAAUUGGUUCAAUCGCCGGUGUUGUGACCGAUCUUAGGGCUUACCAGCCGUUCAAGACUAGAUACUAGGAGCUAGCUCGUUUAGCACGACCGUACCUUUAGAAAACAUGUUCGCAUAACAGGAAUUAGUGUGCAAAUAAGAGGUUUCAACUUCAAAUGUAAAAAGAAACACUAAAUUCUGAAACCUCUUUCCAUGCACCUUCCUGCAAGAGCAUCUUACUCCCAACUUGAAUAAGAUAAGUUCUUAUCUGCAACAUCUUUUCUAUCAUUCAAAAUUCGAAUUAAGUUCUGUAAGUGGAAACUAAUUAAUUUCU